UAAUAUAAAGUGCGUCACUCAAUGCAUGGGCAAUAGUUGUAAAAGCCAGUUGAAAAAUGUGCUGCUGCUGCUGGUAGCUAUUACCAGGCAAACGGUAUCGAUAAGUGUGCAGCUGCUGUUAAAACAAUAACAACAAGCGGAAGCAUUCCACUGUUCAUUCGCUGUUCAGCUCGUUUCGCACAUCGUUUUGGUUUGCUACUGUCGUGUGCUAAAAAUAGAACUUUAACCACCCACGCAAAAAAAAAACAAAAACGCAUUUAAUUCGGCAACAUUACUAAACAGUGUGUGUUUGACUUAAACAGCGAUGCAGAUGCACCGAAUUAAUAAGCAAAGCAAUAACAAGAACAAAAGCAACGAUGAGGAAUCUCUGAGCGGCCGUUGCAUUGAAUGAGUGUCCUUGGCGUUGCUGCAUCACGCUGUCGCGCCACGCCACAAUGUCCGAUUUUGUACCCUGCGAUUUAUUGCCAGAUCUUUGGCAGGAGAUACUGCAAUGCCACUGGACGUUUCUGGAAACCGAAGAGAGUCCGCAGAAGCUCGAGGAGCGCAAGAAACUUGAAUGCUGCCUGAAGGAGUUUCUGUGCGUGGUGCCGCACGAUCGCAAAUUCUUCUUGCCCGAAACGGGGCAUGUCCUGCGCAGAACUGUUUGCGAGCUGAACGACUUUACGGCACAGAAUGCCAUUGUUGGCUUUGAGGCCGUCAGCCAGUAUGCCAACAAUUUAUUCACAAAGCCCUGGCGCAAGGAAUUUCGCACGCUUAAAACCUACUCCGGUUCCUUUCAGCAUAACGUUGAAUCAAAUCUGAUCGAUGCCGAAAGACUGUUUCUGGCCAUGGGCUACCGUCGCAUUAGCGAGGAUACGUUUGUGCUGGAGGGACCCAUUUGCCCCGACCAGGUGACGAAUGUCUCGCGCGAUGCGAUGGCCGCAUAUGUCGAGUGCCAAAUUAUGAAACACAUCUAUGCGGGCCUCAGUGCCGCCGGCUACAGCUGCAGCUGGCAGGAUAUAUUCCAUUAUAGGGAACGACACGUCGGCGGCACAACGCACUCCAUCAAGGAGCUGGCCUAUAGACUGCACGAGCUGCGGCUGCGCAAGGAGCAGCAACAUCAGCAUCAGCAGCAGCAGCAGCAUCAACAGCAGCUGACAACGGAGAACACCUACAGCAACAUCGCGCCCAAUCGCAGUGACGGCUGUACGGCGGAGAAGUCUGCACCAGUUGCCGCCUGUGCGCUGCAUGGACCUGCUAAUAACAAUGCCAAUAUCUGUGCGCUGCAUGCUCCCGCCCAUCAAACCGCCCCGCCCACGAAUCUCAAUUGCAUGUAUCAGCAGCAGCCGCAGGGCGCUUUGAUGACGCACUCGCGCAGCCUGGAGCAUUAUCAGGAGCCGCAUACGGCGCUGCCACAGCGACACUCAUUUGAUCAGCAUCCCAAAGAUUGUGCUGCACUGCAUCCACAUGGACAUUUGUAUGAGGCACCCUACGAUUGCCUGGACGGGCUCAGCAUGGGCAGCAGCGCCUCGUAUGCGGCUGUUGCUGGCGCUUACAAUGCGCCCGGCAAUCGCUAUCCGCUGCCCUACAACAUCUCCAGUCAGCUUAAUGCGCCCUAUGCCACGCCCCUGGAUGGCUACGGCAAUGUGGAACAGAACAAUGCGAACAUGUAUGCCAGCAUAGGCAACAGGCCGGCGACAGCGGUUCCCCACAGCUGUGGCUACCAUGGCGGUCAGCUGGGCGCAGCAGCACGACAUCAGCCCAACACUGCCGCCGCACUGGCCGCCAUGCAGCACAGGCAGAGCACAUAUCCGCCGGAUCACCAUCUAAUCGACUUCGAUGAGCGGGCGCAGCUCAUGCAGCAUGACUUUAACGAUCCGCGUCAAUACGAACGACGUGGCCAGCGUGCACAGACGGCCAAGCAUGGCAUGAGCAACUCCAUGUAUGCCCAGCCCCGGGAUGCCAUGGCCAUGGGCUAUGCUGGCGGCUACGAUGUGCCUGCCAUGCUGCCGACGACUUUGCCGCAGCCGACGCCGCAGGAUAUGUAUGUCUAUGCGCGGCCUGUGCCUAAGAGCAGCCGCAUUCGCACCAAGGUCGAGACGGGCGACAAAUCAGCGGACAGGCAGCGAGAGCCAAUGAUGGAUCCCCUGGAUAAUAAUCGCAAAACGACGCACAAGGAAUUGAGGGAACGCAUUAGUCUGACUGCCGGCGCAGCUGAUGGCCGCCAGCAUAUGCGGGAGCGUGACCUGAACAUCUCGGAUGGCACCAGCUAUGAGUCGGCCAGUCUGGAUGAUUUCACGGCGCUGAGCAGCGCAUCGCCGCCGCUGAUGCCCAAAGUGCAGGAGGGUGUUGGCAGUUUCGAGUCCUGGAACUAUGUGUUCAAGAAUCUGGAGCGUUCCGGCUACUCCAAGGAUCUGGGCGAUCGUGAGGAUUUGCUGGUGCAGAGCUUGGAUCUGGAUUCACUUAACCUGGCCAAUGGUGGUGCAGCCGCCGAUAAGCGGCGCGGCACCGAGACGCACACACAGCCCGCGGCUGUGGAAAAGUCGCGCACGCUGGAGAAGAAACGCGAGCCGCGCAUUGUGCAAGCGGCACCACCAACGCCAGCGCUCAACAGCAGCAGCCCCGGUGUGAAAAAGGUGAAAUCCGCUCUAAAGACGGCCACCAUAGACAACAGACCAGGCGGAGGUAGCGGAGCGCGGAGUCGCGGUAGCGCAACGGGCGCUGUGGCCAAACAGCCGCCGCCGGUGUCGACGCAGCUGAUUGUGACCAGCCCGAACGAAUGGAGCUGUCGGUUCUGCACGUUCCUGAAUCCGGACACGAAACGCAUCUGCGAGAUGUGCUGUCGCAGCAAGGACUUUAAUCUGGAGGCGGCUGCAAAUGUCUCGCACGCAUCCUCCACCUGUGUCUAGACUAUGUUAAAUCCUGCACAUGCUACAAUAUGAAAUAAGUAUAUAUUUACUACAUGCAUAUAUAUGAAAACUGUACACCACGCAAGUGAUAGAUAGAAAACACAGUAUGAGAGGAGUUUUGGAUAUAUACAACUACACAUAUAGAACUUAUAUAUUUUUUAUACGAAAUUCGUCAUUACAACAAACUGUGUGCAUGUUUAUAGAAAGUUCUCUAGUCUUAUAGCAUCUACGAUUUCAAUCACAAUCCCUAGCAUUAUGUACAUACGAGACAUACAUACUUACAUACAUACAUUAUAAGUAAUAUAUUAUUCAUAUUAUGAAUUACAAUUUAA